AUGGGCAAUACCAAGUUGCUCAGGUCUUCCCGCAAGCAGAAGAGGAAAUGGAAGUGGACACACAUGCAUUCAGCCACCGGUGGAAAAGAAGCUUGGAUUCUCUCAAGGCAGCUGACUCUAACCGAGCAAGCAUGGGCCAAGACUCCCCAGAGCCCAGAGGCUUCACAGACCUGCUACUGGACGAUGGGCAGGACAACACCACACAGAUUGAGGAGGACACAGAUCACAAUUACUAUAUAUCUCGGAUAUAUGGUCCAUCUGAUUCUGCCAGCCGGAGUUUGUGGGUGAACAUAGACCAGAUGGAAAAGGACAAAGUGAAGAUUCAUGGAAUAUUGUCCAAUACUCAUCGGCAAGCUGCAAGAGUGAAUCUGUCCUUCGAUUUUCCAUUUUAUGGCCAUUUCCUACGUGAAAUCACUGUGGCAACUGGGGGUUUCAUAUACACUGGAGAAGUUGUACAUCGAAUGCUUACGGCCACACAGUACAUAGCGCCUUUAAUGGCAAAUUUCGAUCCCAGUGUAUCCAGAAAUUCAACAGUCAGAUAUUUUGAUAAUGGUAUGUAUCGAUUAGCCUAUUCUUUACUGAAUGUUGCUGCCCACGUGGCCCUCCGCACGGACAGACAACUCCUUUCUCGUGGCCUGCAGUGGGAAAGCCCCCCUGCAGGUGUACAACACAGUGGACCUGAUGAAGAGCUCAAUGCCAUUCUUCCUGCUACUGAGACCAAGGCCGUGAUUCCUGUCUUAGUCACACAGAUAAGUUCAACCAAUCACCCAGUGAAAGUGGGGCUGUCUGAUGCCUUUGUCGUUGUCCACAGGAUCCAGCAAAUUCCCAAUGUUCGAAGAAGAACAAUUUAUGAAUACCACCGAGUAGAGCUACAAAUGUCAAAAAUUACCAAUAUUUCAGCUGUGGAGAUGACCCCAUUACCUACAUGCCUCCAGUUUAAUGGUUGUGGCCCCUGUGUAUCCUCUCAGAUUGGCUUCAACUGCAGUUGGUGUAGUAAACUUCAAAGGAAAUCCAUUGGCUUUGGUGAUAAGGUGCCUGAAAACUGGUCUGAAAGUGGCUGUCCUAAAAAUACACAGUCCAAAGAGAAGAUGUGUGAGAACACGGAGCCAAUGGAAAGUUCUUCUCAAACCACCACAACUGUACAAGCAACAACCACAAAAUUCAGGGUCCUAACAACCACCAGAAGAGCAGUGACAUCCCAGCUGCCCACCAGCCUGCCCACAGAAGAUGAUACCAAGAUAGCACUACAUCUAAAAGAUAAUGGAGCUUCUACAGAUGACAGUGCAGCCGAGAAGAAAGGGGGCACCCUUCAUGCUGGCCUCAUUGUUGGAAUUCUCAUCCUGGUCCUCAUUAUAGUAGCAGCCAUUCUCGUGACCGUCUAUAUGUAUCAUCAUCCAACGUCAGCAGCCAGCAUUUUCUUUAUUGAGAUUGCUCUAGCUCUUACUUUCCCAUCUCACACCAUGUUUUGGCAUCAGCAUCCAUAUGCCAGAAUCAUGGCAGGUCAUCUAACCCAAGCUCUUCAUUUUACAGAUCAGAAAAUUGACUCCCGGAAAGAUAUGGUUAUUUUCCCAGUGUCAGAAUUGGGUCUUGAACUUAAAACUCCCAACUGGAGAGAGGAGCUUGGGCCUUGGAGAUGUAAGGAGCUGGUGGAACAGAAGCCAACAGUUUUGGGAUACUCCCAUAUGCCUCCCUUUACAGGGUACCGGGAUCCUCAGCCAGACCCGAAAUUCUUUCUACCAGCACGCCUCGCCAUUGGGAAUGCACUGCCCCCCUGUGCAGAUCUGUGCUUUUCUCCAAGUGUGUUCGGUAGACCACUUGUGGCAGGAUCUUUGAGCAAACCUGUUGAAAAUGCAGAUUCCUGGGUCCCACCUUCGGCCUAA